GCGGGGUCGGUCCCAGGCUUACGGGGAAGGGGGGUGCAUGGUGAGGGAAAGACGACGACUGGAGCAUGGGACCGCGCUCCUGAAGGAGUAGUCUCGGGGAGGUAGAGGGGCCUGGGAUUCCUCACCCUCCACGAAAGGGGGGGGGAAAGAGACGAAAAGGGGGUGAGAUCCGUGGAAGAAGAUGCAACUGACCCGCUGCUGCUUCGUGUUCCUAGUGCAGGGCAGCCUCUAUCUGGUCAUCUAUGGCCAAGAUGAUGGCUCCCCUGGCUCAGAGGACCCUGAGCAUGAUGACCAUGAGGGCCAGCCCCGGUCCCGGGUGCCUCGGAAGCGGGGCCACAUCUCAACUAAGUCCCGUCUCAUGGCCAACUCCACCCUUCUAGGGCUGCUGGCCCCACCAGGGGAAGCUUGGGGUGUCCUUGGGCAACCCCCCAACCGCCCUAAGCAAAGCCCCCUACCCUCAGCCAAAGUGAAGAAGAUAUUCGGCUGGGGUGACUUCUACUCCAAUAUCAAGACGGUGGCCCUGAACCUGCUUGUCACCGGGAAGAUUGUGGACCACGGCAACGGGACCUUCAGUGUCCACUUCCGCCACAACGCCACAGGCCAGGGUAACAUCUCCGUUAGUCUCGUCCCCCCCAGCAAGGCGGUAGAGUUCCAUCAGGAGCAGCAGAUCUUCAUCGAAGCGAAGGCCUCCAAAAUCUUCAACUGCCGGAUGGAGUGGGAGAAAGUAGAACGGGGCCGCCGGACCUCGCUCUGCACGCACGACCCAGCCAAGGUCUGCUCCCGAGAGCACGCUCAGAGCUCAGCCACCUGGAGCUGCUCGCAGCCCUUCAAAGUCGUCUGUGUCUACAUUGCCUUCUAUAGCACGGACUAUCGGCUGGUGCAGAAGGUGUGCCCAGACUACAACUACCACAGCGAUACCCCUUACUACCCCUCUGGGUGACCUGGAUGGGUCACAGAGGCCAGGCCAGGGCUGGAAGGACGGGCCUGCCAGUGCAGGAGGCUAUCUGUCUGGACACUGGGCAGGGAAGGGGCUGGACCUCAAGCGGAGAGGAGGUGGGAAGGAGGAGAGGCCAAGCGGGCCAAGACCAGGCCUCCAUGUCAAGGAAGGGUCCCCGGUACUGGUCUCAACCCGAAAGCUGGAAUGUGGGUAUUCCAGACGAGGAGUGGGCUCUGGGCAUCCUUCCAGAGCUUUCUCAUCAAGCUGCAGCAUAUGCUGGGCCCGAGACCCCUGGACAGGCAGGUCAGGUGGUCCUAGAUCAAGUUAUGGAAAAGAUGCCUUGCCUCCCUCCCUGCCACCUAAGAAAGGACAGCAGCAAGCCAAGGGGACAUGACCCUGUGGGCACUGAAUAGUCGACUUAGGAUGGAUGGAUGAAACAGCUUCCUGGGGGCCAAUAGUGGUCAGCUCUGAGCCCCUUUCCUACACUAGGCUGACUUGACAAAUAUACCAUCUGUCAUCAGACAGGCCACCCCAAAAUCCUUCCUUCUGUCAGCACUCUGCGCUCCUGCCACCCUCUUGCUGAUGGCACGCUGCCCUUAAGCUGAGACAGGACCGUUAGGUCUUCUUAGCACAAAGGCCUCAGGCGGAAGCCCACCUGUAUGCCACGUGCCUAUCCUCCACCCUACCCUGUGCUGGGAGCAGUCCCUCAUCAGCCAGCCCCUGGGAUCAAUUAGGGUUCUCCUGAAGAGGGGUGGGACCACCUCUGGCCCAUGGGGGUCGCUAGCCACGUGGGGCAUGGGAGGCUAGG